AUGCAAGCAUACAUUCAAGCAUUAUUAGAAAUUCCAUCACCACGAAAUCAUCUUGUCAGUUUGAGACAAUUCUAUGAUCAAAUGGAAACUUACGUCAGAGGGCUAGAAUCUUUGGGCCAGUCACAAGACUCGUAUGGAACAUUACUUGUACCAAUUAGUUUGAAAAAAUUACCGGGAGAAAUUAAAAAAAAACUUGCCCGUGAACAUGGAACAGAAAACUGGUCAUUACGAGACCUCCGGAAAAGUAUUUGCAAUGAAAUAAACAUAAUUGAUGCGGGACAAGACACUGAAACUUCUAACAAUUUACCAAGUACAUCAUCUUUCUUUACCGGAACUAAAUCAACAAAACCCCGCCAAAAUCAAGCUCUAAAUACAAGAAAUAUACGCCAGAAUUUAGACACUAAACAUUGUGUAUUUUACCACGAUGUACACGCACCAGCGCAUUGCGCGAACAUAUCGGAUCCAGCAGCACGCAUGAACAUUGUAAAGCGGGAGAAAUUGUGUUUCAACUGCCUUAGAACACAUCGUAUACAUGAUUGUAAGUCAAAACACUUAUGCCGAAAUUGCAACAAAAGACAUCACACAAGUCUGUGCACUGUACGCCAAUUUAACAACAAGAACCACGAGAAUGACAGAAGUAGACAAAGCGUGCAAAAUACAAAUUACAGCCAACAGCAUAUGGAUUUUCAUGGUAACACUCAUGGACAAGCUAAUCAGACAUCUGUACAUUUGGUGAAUGACACGGAUCAGAAGGAAGAGGACACAUCAAUUUUAUACUCAUCGUCAGUCGAGGUACGUACAAAUGUUCUUUUAAAAACUGCAGUAGCACCCGUAUGGUCAGACCACUCAUGUAGAGACACCCAUAUACUUUUUGACGAGGGAGCACAGAGAUCAUUUGUGACCGAAGAUUUAGCAAGAAAACUUAAUUUACAUUCAGAGGGAACUGAAAUUCUACAGUUAUCAUCAUUUGGAUAUAGAAACAAAACCGUAAGACAUUUAGAUAAAUCGACAGUGUUCGUAGAAACAGUUGCAGGACAGAAAAUACCGAUACACGUUCUAAUUGUACCAAUGAUUGCCGUACCUUUGCAGAACAAUAUUCGCCACAUCAACAGAGGACUGAAUUAUUUACGGGGACUUAAGUUAGCACAUCCGGUAACACAGGAAGAGUCUUUCGAAAUAUCGUUAUUGAUCGGAGCUGACUACUACUGGGACUUAGUCGAGGAUGAAGUCAUACGGGGGAAUGGUCCAAACGCCGUGAGGUCAAAGUUAGUUUUUUUUACUUUCCGGUCCAGUAAGCGACAAGAGGGAUAA